AUGUCAGGUUUUCUUGAGAGCCUGAGGUGCUCGGAGUGUGUUGACUGGGGAGAGAAACGAAACACGAUCGCUUCUGUUGCGGCGGGGGGGGGGGGACAAUUUUUUACAGGUUGGUGGAUAAUCAUAGAUGCAGCUGUAAAAUACCCUAAAGUGGAAGAUUUCAACCACUCAUACCAUGCUUGUGGGGUUAUAGCCACUAUUGCGUUCCUAAUGAUCAAUGCGGUGUCUAAUGGACAAGUGCGGGGUGACAGUUACAGUGAAGGCUGUUUGGGACAAACAGGUGCUCGGAUCUGGCUGUUCAUCGGUUUUAUGAUGGCUUUUGGAUCUCUGAUUGCUUCCAUGUGGAUCCUUUUUGGAGGCUAUGUUGUUAAAGAAAAAACAGUCGUAUACCCAGGAAUAGCUGUGUUUUUCCAGAAUGCGUUCAUCUUUUUUGGAGGACUGGUCUUCAAGUUUGGUCGCACGGAAGAUUUGUGGCAAUGA